AUUUACUGUAAAAUGCUGAUGGAGUCCAACGCACCCCCAGGAGACAUACCCUGGUUCUGUCUCUGCACACACUGUCAGUCCAACAAGGGGCCCAAAGGGGACCGCGGGGACCGAGGCCUGCCAGGUGCCCCUGGUAGUCCUGGAAAAAAGGGAAUGAUGGGAUAUAGAGGUCAUCCGGGCUUCAUGGGAAGACCAGGACCCAAAGGACAGAAAGGUGGAGAAGGAGAGAAGGGGGGCAUGGGGCUCCAGGGACCAAUGGGAGUAAAAGGAUCCCGAGGCUUCAAAGGUGAAAAAGGUGAGCAGGGUUAUGAGGGUCGUCAAGGGGACCCAGGUCCAAAAGGAGAUGAUGGUGUCUGUCCAACUGACUGUAAGGGCGUCAUGGGGCCACCAGGAGAACCCGGUCUUCCUGGUCCUGUAGGAAGUAGAGGUCUUAAAGGUACCAAUGGCAUGCCGGGUGAUAAAGGUAUGAAGGGAGACAUGGGUGAUAUGGGUCCACCUGGUACACCUGGAUCAAUGGGUCAGAAAGGAGACAUGGGCCUCUUGGGGGACUGCAACUGUACAGAUGGAGCAAUGGGGCAGAAAGGGGACAAAGGGGACCAAGGAGCCAUGGGGGACGAGGGAAUGAUGGGCCCUGCAGGGGAAACAGGUCCAAAGGGGGAGAAGGGACACAUGGGGGACAUGGGGAGGUUGGGUCCUCCUGGUCCCUGCAUGCCCAGUAUCCAGUCUGCGUUUUCGGCAGUACUGACAAAAAGCUUCCCCGAGCCCAAUGCCCCCGUGGUUUUCUCCCAUACUCUCUACAACUACCAGUGGCAUUACGACGACACCAACGGUAUCUACACCGCCCCCGUCAACGGCACCUACGUCUUCAGCUACCACCUCACUAUCUAUGACCGAAUCCUGAAAGUCGGCAUUUUUCAUAACUACUCGCCUGUGGUGAAAACUACGGGGACGUCCAUGUUAGGGACCGUAUCGCACACCGUCAUCCUUCACCUGAUCAGGGGCGACAAGGUGUGGAUCCAGGUGAAAGAUACACUUACUAACGGCAUGUAUGCCGGCUACGAGGCCAGCAGCACCUUCUCUGGCUACUUGCUCCACCCUGAUAUGUGUGAUAUGGCUGCAGUCAGAGGGCCGAUGCCCACAAUACCCGACCACGAAUUUGGCUGGCGUGAUGAUGAGGACACAACUGCUUCCCCGACUACCGCCGCAUCCAAAUAGAUCCAGUAAUGAAUGAAUUACUUUGGUCACUUGUAGGAGCCAAAUAAAUUAUUUUACACAAAUAUAACAAGAUCAUUUUUUUUUAAAAACAGCGUGAACAGCAGAUGCCUGGAGACGUAGAUUAGACAAACCAUCAAGCAUCUUCAGCCCUUCAUGAGAAAAAGACAUAGAGAAGAAGAUUAUGACGACUAAACAAUUACACUCUUAAAAAAAACAUUUUGGGGUUUGAGUCAGUUUCAGUCAACUUGAGAUCAACCAACAAACAGAGGUAGGAAAUUAGCUUUCCCCCUAAAUU